AUGGGCCGUGCGUCCAAGGAUAAGCGGGAUAUCUAUUACCGCAAGGCCAAAGAGGAAGGCUACCGCGCCCGGAGCGCCUACAAGCUCCUCCAGAUCCACGAGGAGUUCAAUAUCUUAGAUCCGAGGCGAAUUCGCACCGGUGUGGUGGAUUUGUGCGCGGCGCCCGGGAGCUGGUCGCAGGUGCUUGCCGCGAAACUUCACUCGGACGAGGCGGUGGAUGGGGAAAAGCGAUCGCGGCGAGAGGAUGAGGCUGACAUCGACUCGAGGGAGGGGGUGGGGGGUGGGGAAGAUGCCACCUCCUCCAACCACAACCGCUGCCAUCGUCGUCAUCCGGUGAUCAUCGCGGUGGAUCUUCAGGAGAUGGCGCCGAUUGAGGGGGUUUGCAUUCUGCAGGGCGAUAUCACCAGCGCGGUGACCGCGCGCGAGAUUAUUCGUCUGCUGAACGAACACCACACCUCCUCCUCAGCGGAAGAAGAAGAGGGGGAGGAAAGGAAGGGUGAGAAAAAGCAGAAAGAGGGGAUGCUGCAGAGGAGGGCAGAGCUUGUGGUGUGUGAUGGCGCGCCCGACGUUACCGGGAUGCACGAGCUCGACGAGUACCUCCAACACCACCUCCUCCUCGCCGCGUUGAACCUCGCGACGUUCGUCCUUUGCCUGGGCGGCUGCACCGUCUCGAAGAUCUUUCGCGGCCCCAACACGGGUUUUUUGAUCGCGAAGUGCGAGAUGUUCUUCCGCGAGGUCCGCGUGGUGAAGCCGAAGUCCUCGCGGAACGCCUCGAUGGAGGGGUUUUUGGUUUGCCAGGGCUUUUUCAUGCCGGAAGGUUACGUUCCACGAUUCCUCACCGGGGGGGGAGCGCCGACGCCGAGUGUUGAUCCCGCGAAAGGCGAGGCGGAUCGUGGGGGUUACCCUGGCGACGUCUUCACGGAGGCUUCAGGGGCGUUGCACGCGCCCGAUUACGCCUACGCGGCGGCAUUGGGCGACCCUUCAGCCUUUGAAAAGGGGGAGGAGACCCAGCAGCAGCAGAUCGCCCUUCCCGGAGGAGGAGGAGCGACCACGCGGGUGAUCCUUCCCUUUCUCUCGUGUGGGGACCUCUCGGGUUAUGACGCUGACAUGUGUUACGACCUGGAGGAGGGGGGGGAGGUUCUUUCUCCAGUUCAACCGCCGCUAAUGGCUCCUUACUUAUCCACAACAGCACCCUAG